AUGCCUUUCCUUCCUGUCGAUGAAUACCACGUGGGGAUCGUAUGUGCGCUGCCCAUUGAGAGGGCGGCGGUCCGGGCCAUCUUAGACGAAGAACAUGGAACCUUUUUGGACAAAGACGCGCAGGAUCAUAAUACCUAUUUUACAGGGCGCGUCCACAACUACAACGUGGUGAUUGCGUCCCUACCAGCUGGCGUCGAUGGCACCACCGCGGCAGCUUCUGUCGCCACUAAUAUGGUGAGGACGUUCAAGGGGUUAAGGUUCGGGCUGAUGGUGGGCAUCGGAGGCGGCAUACCCAAUCUUGAUAAAGGCUACGACAUCAGGCUGGGAGAUGUAGUGGUGAGCCAGCCGACAGACAUGACGGGCGGAGUGGUUCAGUACGACAAGGGCAAAAGCCUGGACGGAGGGAAGUUUCAACGAAAAGGGUGUCUUAAUGCACCGCCGUUAGCGCUCCUUACCGCGUUGGGUGCUCUGAAGGCAGACCAUGAGUCAGAAGACAGCAAGAUGCAUACCUACCUUACCGAGAUUUUUGAACGCAAACCCAAGUUACGGACAAACAGCUACACUUUUCCAGGCAGGGGCAAAGACCAUCUAUACCAAGCGGAAUGCCGUCAUCCAGUAGGCAAUGCUACCUGCGAUCGUCGUGAGGGUGCUUGUGAAGUGCAUCGUCCGAGUCGUGAGAACACCGAACCGCAGGUCCACUACGGAAUCAUCGCAUCAGGGAAUCAGGUGGUUAAAGAUGCUGUCGUGAGGGACCUUUUGCGCGACGAUUGUGGUGUUCUUCGCGGUUGCACUCUUUCACUGGUGUCUUUGUGGUCCGGCGUUCCCAUAGUUCCUCCCGAAGUCGGUCUCGGUACCAGGACGGUGGUGAUUGCCGCGAUAGACCCAACAUUCCAUGCCACCGUCCAAGAAGCACUUCACCUUUUGGACGCAUCUUCGUUUGGUGAUUACUGA